ACAGGAUUCGGUUGCAACCCUUGGUUUUUGUUUUUAUUUUUCUUCAGUCACCAAAAAAAAAUCACGUGCAGGAUAUUUACAGUGUAGGUUUUAAAAUCAGAACAUAAACUGACUCGAUGGUCAAAAUAAAGAAGAUAAACAAAAAUGCACAGGAUUUCUAAAAUCCCGAAAAAUGAUCAAUGCAAAAAUCAAAACUAAAGUUAGCUGGGAACAGCAAUAACAAAAUGGCAAUAAUAACUUGCAAAGCAAAAAUUCUCAUACACUGAGAAAAAGAAGCCUACCCUUCACAGGUGCUACCAGAGCCAUGGCCUCCUGAAGAAUGAAGAGAGAACCAUUUUAAAGAGCCUAGGCGCUCGCGCCCCCAAGUGGACCAUACCACUUUAACCAUAAGUAAAGGGGGGAAAAUACACUCAUCAACAUAAAUGCUCAAAAUACAGUAAUGCAACAUAAUUGGCUAACUCAAAGCACAUAUACUGAAACCGGAAAUAAAAAUACAUAAACUGAAAGCGAAAUGAAAACAUAAACAUAUGUUAAAGGCAAAAUAAUAACAAACGGAAUAAACCAAAGACAAUGCACGCGCGGUGCUCGGCACCGCGAACGCGCCCCGGCAGGAAGAGACAGUUUAAAAAUGUCACGUCGCCGGUGCGUACUCUUUUAGGCGAGCGAGAUGCUGCUGCUGCGCCGCAGACUCCUGUAUACACCUCUGUUUCUGACAGCAGCCAUACUCAGAGAGUCACGGGCCAGCAGAAGAAUGGUGCAUGCGUCUGCGAUGUGAGAAGCCUUGCCUGGACAUUUCCAGCCAUAAAAUAUGAGAACGUGUCUGGCCUGGUGGAGGACUGUGGGCAUGCUCUUGAAACCCUCCAGACACAGGUUGAGGAAACGAAGGCCACCAUGCCAAAUCUUCUGGCCACUGUUGAGAAUGUGACGCGUCGCUUGGGGCCCUUCCAGUACCUGAACUCCAACGGCCUGUACAACGCCCUGCACCUGAAGCAGCUGGGGGACGAGCUGCAGGACCUGCAGGAGAUCAUCGGUGUCGCCCAUAAUGACAACCCCUCGAAAGAGACACGGCAGCUCACCACAGACAUUGCUGACGCUAAAGAGAAAAUAGAGAAAAUGUACAAAGACAAUGUCUUCAAUCUUGAGACGGUAAAAGAAAAUCUACGCAGACUGAACAACCGAGUACAAAGUUGUCGCACUAUCUCAUCGGAAUUCAGAAGCACCUGUAGCCAGCGCCUGAUGACCAACAUCAGCUCCCCGGUGGUGACCAAGCUGAGUUCCUAUGGGAAGUCUUACAUAUCAGGGGCAUGGGGCCGUGAGGCCGACCCGGACAGUGAGGAGCGCUACUGGGUACAACCCCUCACCAGCGGACACAGGUCUGGAAACAUCAUCAGGCUCUACAGCUCCUUCAGCGACUUCAUGGCCGUCAAGGACCCCAAGGACGAGCCGGUGGCGCCCUCCAACACCCACACCAACGCCAUCCAGGGCCCGAGCACCGUGCUGUACGGCGAGGCCGUGUUCUACGAGUGCUACAACACGGGCGAGCUGUGCCGCUAUGACCUCAACACCAAGGCCACGCUACGCAAGACGCUGCCCAACGCUGGCUUCAACAACAAGUUCCCCUUCUGCUACUACACGUGCCGCGAUUGGUCAGACAUGACGCUGUCGGCCGACGAGCAAGGCCUCUGGGUGAUCUACUCCACCCUCGGUGACCACGGCAACCUGGUGGUGAGCCGGCUGGACGCGGAGUCGCUCAACGUCACGCACACCUGGAAGACGCACCUGUUCAAGAAGUCGGCCACCAGCGCCUUCAUGGUGUGCGGUGUGCUGUACGCCACGCGCUACGUGGACACCUACCGGGAGGAGGUGUUCUACGCCUUCGACACGGCCACGGGGCACGAGGACAACUCGCUGGCGCUGCCCCUGGAGAAGGUGGCAGCAGGAGUGGCCAACCUGCAGUACAACCCUGUGGACAGGCGGCUCUACAUGUACAACGACGGAUACCUCCUAGCCUACCAGGCCAUGUUUUAGAUAGAAGUGCUUAAAAAACUUGUGUUUCAAGGUUUCAAACGUUUCUUUAGCUUGGUGAAAUGUGUGCAAAACAGGUAUGAAUAACAUGAAUGUUGUAAAGCAAUGAUGUGUUAUAGUUAUAGUAGUUGAAGUGUAACAUUUUCUUUUUCAUUUUUGAAAAAAAGUAUGAAUGGCAUGAACAUGCAAUAUGGAAAUGACAGUGUCUUUGAUAAAAUGAUUAGUUGUGGACAGGACUGGGCUGGGCUGGGCUGGGACCAAAAAAGGCCCCGGGUAUUUUUGUGCACCCCCUCUAAAUUGUGGAGCAGUCUCUACAGGAAGAAAAUAAAAAGCCAACCGUAUCAGUCCCUGAGGACCUUACACCCACCAGGAAAUGCCUGGUGUGCCAGAUUACCAGUCCAGGCCUGGUUUUGGGUGAACACUGUGUUUGUGCGCGCUAUAAUGACUAUGUUCUUUUAUUUACGCCAAGUGUGUGUCAAUAAAACAAGUUAACAUUCAAGA